AUGGAGGUAAGAAGUGUGCUAAUCUACUGCAUCUUCUUGAGUGCUAACUAUGCAGCUAUUGCUCUGAAUAUCCACGACUUCAGGCUGAAUGCGACUAUAAGUGACUUAAUAACCCAUUCCCUGAGCAGUUGUAUCGCUGGUAACCCAAAGCAGUUCCAACUUGGAAGCAACAUUUUGUUCUCUGAAUUCAUAACAAGUGAGGAUGAGAGCAUACACAUUGUUGACUUUUUUCUCAAAGCUUUGGGAUCCCAACGUAAGUUGAUUCAUAACAAUAUUUUGAGCGAAGCUGGUAAGAGAUAUGAAAAUUUUGCCGGCAGCUUUCCAGAUACUUUGAUUAUACAUAUCGAACAUGAAGAAGAUUUAAAAAAUAACGAUAUGUUUUUUCAUCCAUUUGACACCAGCAAUCCAACUGUCAUUGUGAUAUGUACUAAUGCAUCUUCGAAACCAGAUAGACUAGCAAGACAUAUUUUUAAUGUGACUUUGGCGAGACGCUUGUUAAAUACUAUGAUUUUGCUUCCUGAACCUAGCAAUAUCACAACAUUCAAUAUAUACAGUUGGUCAUCAAAAAAAGGGCCUUGCUUAAAGUCCAUAAAGGUGCAAAAAGUGAAUAGUUGCAGCUUUGGCAAUAUGGCAACAAUUGAGAAGAUUAUCAGUACAAGAAGGAUGUUUAACAAAUGUACCUUGAAUGUGGGCUAUAAGAUAUCUCCUCCUCAUGUUAUAGAGAUAAAUCAAACCCUUACAGGAAUCGAAGUUGACCUUUUAAGUUUACUAAGUGAGAAACUUGGAUUCCAACUUAAUUUCAAUGAUAGCAUGACGGUUGGUGACGCAGGAGGGAAACAGGUAGAAGCUUUGAUGAACAAAUUGGAGAACCAUGAAAUAGACUUCGCGAUUGGACGUUUAGUAAGGAAAGAAAGUAGAUGCAUUCCUUUUGACUGUAGUCAAACAAUCAAUUUGAAAUAUCAACCUGUUUGGUGUGUACCUCGUGUACCAGACCGAAUGGGAAGUGCUUUGGCAGGUUACAUCUGGAACGAUGUUUGGAUCUAUGUGUUGAUGUUAUAUUUAUCUCUGACCAUCUGCACUUGGUUUGUUAGCCGUUCCCAAGACAGUUACUUCAAGUAUUUGCAUAAUAUAAUGUUCGCUUACUUUGCAGCAAUAUUCCUGGUUGCUCAAAAUCGACAACCAAAGACAUGGUAUGGCAGAUACUUCUUUAGUUUAAUUUUAUUGUUGGGAAUGUACAUAGGCAUUAUUCUUGGUGACGCAGUUACAAGCAUUCUAACCAGCCUAUACAAAACCGAAAGGUACAACACUCUAGAUGAUAUACAAAUAUGA